CAGGGAAACGACACAGAGCGUAUGAAACGGCAUGCCGUUUUGACACACAGUUUCUCUGCUCUAGCGCCGUCUAGGGUCGUCGGCCAUCUUAAAAUGAAUGGUGGCGGAGGAGAACGGGCGCGCCAGCACUAAAUCGCAGAAGCUCGGGAAGGAAAACAUGGCCGUUACCAGAGCCUCCCUCUUCUUCCCCCCGCCGGCAAUGGUUUCACCAAUUCGAUUUUCCCGCCACGAUGCUCCACAGCCCUUCAAUUCCAAUCGCUAUUCCCUACCACGGAAACCUCUGAAAAUAACCGCCAAAUCCGAAAAAACCCAACUCUCAAGCCGCAAAACCAACCCCAGAACCCAAACCCAAAUCGAGUCCGAUGACGACGACGGCGGAAUCCCCAUGGAAGACAUUAAAAUCAUCGCUCGAUUCAAGUCCAGGCACAACUACAUCCGCGUCCUCGAGGUCUCCAGAAGAGCCACCGACCACCCCCUCGCUGGCUCUCGCCUCCUCCUCCUCGACGCCCCGGGCAACAUCCACAGCAUCUCCUUCCUCGUCAAGUCCCUCACCGACACUUACUUCGACGUUUUCGCCACUCUGCCUCCGAUUCUCCCCUCAUCCGGGCCGGUUGCAAUUCUCGGGUUCGGUGCGGGCUCGACUGCCCGAUUGGUUCUCGAGUUGUACCCGGAUGUGAUUGUUCACGGGUGGGAGCUCGACCCGUCUGUGAUUGACGUUGGGAGAGAGUUCUUCGGACUCCACAAGCUCGAAUCCCAGUACAAAGACCGGCUGUUCAUCUACAUCGGGAAUGCUCUAACGGCGGCGGUGAAAGAUGGGUACUCUGGGAUUUUCGUGGACUUGUUCUCCAAGGGCAGUCUGAUACCGGAGCUUCAGGAUCCUAACACGUGGGAGAUGGUCAGAAGGCGUUUGGCGAAAUGCGGGAGAGUGAUGGUGAACGUUGGGGGCAGUUGUGUGGAGGCAGAGAACAAACGGCGGGAUGGGAAGGUUGUGAUGGAACAGACUUUGGCUGCAAUGCGCACGGUUUUCGGCGAUCAGCUUCAUGUUUUGAAGCUUGGGAAACGCUCCUCUGAAGAUAGCACCCUGGCUCUCACUGGUCCGUUGCCCGAUCGCAAAGCGUGGAAGACUGCGAUCCCUCAUAAAGCUCUGAGGCAUUACGUUGACAUGUGGGCGCCAUUUUAGAACCUGUGGGUACGUGAAGGAAGGGCAGAGCACUUCUUUCGGUACUCGACUUAAUGCACUUCUUGUGUUGGUGUCUUCCCCUGAAUGAAACAACAUUGCACUAGGUUGAUGAUUAAUUGAAGUUUUGCUGCUUGUUAGCUGUAAAUGCUGUAAGGGUGCAGGCGCAGCAGCUGGAAUUCUUGGGAACUACCUGUUGCCUGUUGGUUUAGAUUUUUUAAGGGUGGCGGAUGCAAGUUAUGCAACUAGUACAUGUUCUUUCCCCCCCAACUUGACAAGAACAGUUGACAUUGGAACAAAUAGUAGAUAGAAAGUAGGUUUCUGUCAUCGAAUACUCGUAUGAAUUGGUUGACUUUUGAUUCAAUAAAGCAAAUCUAGCAAU